CAGGUUUGUAUAUAAAAUGUCAGCGUGCAAGGACCAAGGCAGAAUUCAGCUAAGCAAUAAGCAUCCAAUACCAAGAUAGAAUAUUCCACCUGCUGUACCCAGCAAGACUCAGGGGAUAGACAGCAACAACCAUGCAAACUCUGUGGGUCUUCCUAUUAUUGUCAGUUUGCUCUGUCAGUGUCUGCUAUGCAAAGCAUAAGUUCAACAAGCACCAUCCUGUCCGCCAUCACCCAGAGAGUAUCUACUGCUUUAGUGAAGAAGAGCUGGAAAGUUCCCCAUCAGAGGUUGUGAAUCAUUUCGUUAGCAGCAAAAUGCGUUGGGACAAAUACUCAGCAGUGAACAUUGUGAACCACCUGGAGAGCGCUGAGAGGAGAAGGAAAAGACGCAGAAGAGCAUCAGUAGACUCCUGUCCAGAUUUUAUGACUUUGGAAAGUGGACAAGCUAUGAAUGAGCGUUCCAUCUCACCAUGGACCUACCGGAUUGACACUGAUGAGACUCGGUAUCCACAGAAGUUGGCAUUCGCUCACUGUCUCUGCAAUCACUGCAUCAGUUCCGAAACUGGACAGGAGACGUCCUCCCUGAAUUCUGUACUGGUCAAGCAGAUGAUGCUGGUGCUACGCAAGAAGACCUGUCCGUAUGAACCAACCUUGUCCACCUUCACCUUGGAAUACAUAAGUGUUCCAGUGGCAUGCACCUGCUCUGUGCCACGUUACUAGGACUAACCAGCUCCUAUGGAGACCUGAUCCUACAGCCUAACUAGACACCCUGUCGUGACUAUGUCACACUAAGUUUGUUUGUUUUAGAACACUACAAGUCUUAUUGUCACUUUCCAGAAUGUAUUCAGGAGAAGUUGC